AGCAUCGAAAAGAUUCUGUGUAUCGAUGACACUCGCAGAUGCCGGUAAUUUAUCUGAAAUCGCUGAUAGAUUUCAAGGCUUUUGUUGGGUUUUGAUAAAAUAGGUUCAUGCAGUUUUGUUAAGUUGUUUUAUUUAAGAUUUGUAAAAAAAUAUGUCCGACGAUGAGGAUCUUCAAUAUGUUAAAAGGCAACGAACAAUACAUUAUGGUUCUCUGGAAGAAGUCGAGAGAAAACGUCAAGCUGGGGCUCCUAUUGCGGGUGGUAGCUCUACGGCAAUUUCAUCUACAUCAAUUUCUGGUGGGGUAACGAAUCAACUUGAGGACAUCGACUCUGACGAAGAUUAUGAGGAAGUAAAGAAACCAUCGGCGUCUGUGUUGCCGCCUACUUCAGGGGCUUUGGCUAACAAGAUCGAUGAUGACUACUUUGACUUGGAAACUGAAGUAGCCAAGGACAAGGAAGCUCUACUCAAAGAAUUUGAACGUAAAAAACGUGCACGCCAAAUAAACGUUUCCACAGACGAUGCUGAGAUAAAAGCCAAUUUGCGGCAGCUUAAUGAACCAAUAUGUUAUUUUGGUGAAGGGCCAGCAGAAAGACGGCGGCGGUUAAAGGAAUUAUUGGCCAGCUUGGGAGAGAACGCAAUAAAGCAAAAACAGACAGAAGAAGAGGAGCGAAAACAACUUCAAAAAGAACAGGAAACAACAUGGUAUCACGAGGGACCAGAAGCUUUGCGUAUAGCAAGAAUUUGGAUUGCGGACUACUCAUUGCCACGUGCAAAAGAACGAUUAGAACAUGCCCGCUCCCAAUUGGAUAUACCAAGCGCGACUCGUGCUGGGCGUAUGGUUGAACUUCAAAAGCGUUUACAUUCUUUAGCACCACAGUGCAGUCAAGUGGGAGAUACGCGCCCAGUUAGUGGAGUAGCUUUUAGCGAAGAUUCGAUGUUACUACUGACGUCGUCAUGGUCAGGGUUGUGUAAAGUGUGGACAGUGCCCGAUUGCAAGCUAUUGUUAACACUUCGCGGCCAUGCUAGCUAUGUAGGAGGCGUUGCAUUUCGAUCAGGUGUAUCACAAGAGGAUGCAAAUGUUGUGGCAAUGGCGUCUGGAGGACAUGAUGGAGCAGUUAAGUUAUGGGGAUUCAAUUCUGAGGAAUCACUCGCAGAUAUAACGGGUCAUAUGCCACACCGAGUUUCUAAAGUUGGAUUUCACCCGUCUGGUCGAUUUCUGGCAACUGCAUGCUACGAUUCCUCAUGGCGACUGUGGGAUUUAGAACAGAAAACAGAAGUUUUGCAUCAAGAAGGCCAUGCUAAAGCGGUUCAUAGCCUAAGCUUCCAAACGGACGGUAGUGUUAUAGUAACCGGCGGAUUGGAUGCGUUCGGGCGUGUGUGGGACCUAAGAACAGGUCGUUGCGUAAUGUUUUUAGAAGGUCAUUUGGGCUCUAUUUUCGGAGUAGAUUUUUCGCCAAAUGGGUUCCACAUAGCCACCGGCUCGCAAGAUAAUACAUGCAAGAUUUGGGACUUGCGACGCCGACAGCCUGUUUACACUAUACCUGCGCAUACAAAUUUAAUAUCGGACGUUAAAUACCAGCGGGAUGGCGGAAGUUUUCUUGUUACAUCUUCCUACGAUUGCACUACAAAAAUAUGGUCAAACAAAACAUGGCAACCAUUAAAAACUUUAUUGGGACAUGAUGGAAAAAUAAUGGCCGUAGACAUUUCCCCGAAUUCUCAGCAUAUUGUGACGGCUUCAUUCGAUCGUACCUUUAAGCUUUGGGCGUCGGAAAGCUGAUGCCAAUGAAUGGCAUUUUUCGAGUUUAUAUGAAUGCCUUAUGACUCAUUACACUACGUAACAGUGAAAUUUAUCUUUGAACUCAAAAUAUCGAAAGAUGUGGCUGUAAACUCUAACAGGUAGUACAACCCACACAGUUAAAGUUUUAAAUUCACCCUUGGAAAAGUGAAAUAGGAUGACAUCCAAAUUUAGAGACGCAAACCCGUUUUUCGAGAGUUCGACAGUGAAUCGCUUACAAUAAUUCACCCA